GCACCAUGACUUCCGUGAGGAUGCAGAGCUCCUUGGCAGGUCAGACCUAUGCAGUGCCCCUCAUUCAGCCCGACCUCCGGCGGGAGGAGGCCGUCCAGCAGGUAGCCGAUGCCCUGCAGUACCUCCAGAAGGUCUCCGGGGACAUCUUUAGCAGGAUCUCCCAGCGUGUGGAGCAGAGCCGGAGCCAGCUUCAAGCCAUUGGGGAAAGGGUCUCCUUGGCCCAGGCCAAGAUAGAGAAGAUCAAAGGCAGUAAGAAGGCCAUUAAGGUGUUCUCCAGUGCCAAGUACCCAGCUCCGGAGCACCUGCAGGAGUAUGGCUCCAUCUUCACGGGGGCCCAGGACCCCGGCCUGCAGAGAUGCCCCCGCCACAGGAUCCUGAGCAAGCACCGGCCCCUGGACGAGCGGACCCUGCAGGAGAAGCUGAAAUACUUCCCCGUGUGUGUGACCACCAGGCUGGAACCCGAGGAUGAGACCGAGGAGGGCCUGGGGGGUCUUCCCAGCAACAUCAGCUCAGUCAGCUCCCUGCUGCUGUUCAACACCACCGAGAACCUGUACAAAAAGUACGUCUUCCUGGACCCCCUGGCUGGCGCGGUCACCAGGACCCACGUGUCACUGGGCACCGAGCCGGAGGAGAAGCCGUUUGACGCGCCGCUCUCCAUCAGCAAGAGGGAGCAGCUGGAGCGGCAGGCCCCCGAGAGCUACUUCUACGUGCCCGACCUGGGCCAGGUGCCCGAAAUCGACGUGCCGUCCUACCUGCCCGACCUGCCAGGCGUGGCCGAUGACCUCACCUACAGCGCCGAUCUGGGCCCGGGAAUCGCGCCGUCAGCGCCGGGCACCAUCCCCGAGCUGCCCGCCUUCGCCACAGAGCUGGCGGCGCCCCCCAAGCCCGACCUAGACGGUGGCGUUCUUGCAGCGCCACUGCCGCCGCCGCCACCCCCGCCGCCACCACCCCUGGCCCCGGCCGUGCUGGUCAGCGCCCCCCCGCCACCGCCGCCACCCCCCCAGGAAGCCACCCCGGAGGACGCGGGCAGUGCGGGGCCCAGGGCAGCGCCAGUCCAGGGAGCCCCCAAGGAAGUCAUGGACCCGUCCAGUGGCCGGGCCACUCUGCUCGAGUCCAUCCGCCAGGCUGGGGGCAUCGGCAGGGCCAAGCUGCGCAGCGUCAAGGAGCGCAAGCUGGAGAAGAAGAAGCAGAAAGAGCAGGAACAAGCGAGAGCCACCAGCCACGGCGGAGACCUGAUGUCAGAUCUCUUCAACAAACUGGCCAUGAGACGCAAAGGUAUUUCCGGGAAAGGACCUGGGGCAGGGGACAGCGAGGGGCCAGGCGGAGCCUUCGCCCGAAUGUCAGACUCCAUCCCGCCUCUGCCACCUGCACAGCCUCCCCCAGGAGAGGGAGAGGAGGAUGACGGUGACUGGGAAUCCUAGGGCCUCGGCCACCCACUCUGGUGCCCCACACCCAGGCUCAGGCUAGUGCCCCCUCGAGGGGCCGACAGCCAACACGGGGACUGUGCCUACCGGACCCCUCGGCCCCUGUGUCCCGGGAGGGACUGCAGAGAACUGUCCCGGGCCUGACCUUUGAGGAGCACGUACUGACAGCGUGGGGUGGGGAGGCGGCCAUGGCUCUGUCGCCGCACGUCCCCGAGGA